UAGGAAGGAUUCUCCUUUUGUUUUUUACCUUUUUAACCCUUUUGGUUUUUGUUUUUAAAAUUAGAAUUAGAAGAUCUAAAAGCCCCCAAAAUCUCUAUGGGAGAGAGAAUUCAUGUCUGAAAUAUUUUCCUUGAAAGUUAUCAGAUUUUCCCUGGAAAUUUCUGUCUCACUAAUCCCAAGGAGCUUUCAGCUGUCUGAUUUCUUGGGUUUGCUUGCUUUUCAUUGCUUUUAAUAUCCCCUUCCUGUUUUGUGGAAUCUCUCUCUCUCUCUCUCUCUCUCUCUCUCUCCUGUGUUAAUCAGAUCUCUCUCAUUUUUAUAGGGUUUGUUGUUGUUAUGUAUAAAGUUAGAGACUUUGUGUCAAGUUUGAUACUUUAUUAGGUUUGUUGUUUGCGUGUCCUUAGUUUGUAGUGUUUUGUGGGAAUUAGAGUGGAUAAUCUUUUGUUUUGAAGUGUAAUUUGGGUGUUUAUUAGGGUUUGGUUGUGUUCUCUUAGGUGUUUGAAUGUCGUGUAGCUUCAAAAUCAAGACUUUUUGGCAUUUCCCUUUUUGUUGCGUGCAAAAUCUACGUUUAGUGGACUCUUUGUUUGUGCCUUCUUGAGUUAUUGAACUAGCUGCCCAAAAGUUUGAUUAGGGUUUUGGGGUUUUUGUGAUUUAUUAAGAUGGAUAAGGAUAAAUCUGCUAGCCACCAUAGUAGUGGUUUACCACCACCUCCAGGCAGGUACUCUAGUUUUUCACCCUCUGGGAGCUCCUUUAAUUUGAAACCUGAGCAAUCACCUUCUACAUUUCCUCCAAUGGCUCCCGGUAGUAGUCCAGACCCUAAUCAUUUCGGUCAUGGAUCGGAUUCUAAUCGAUUUAGUCAUGAUAUCAGCCGAAUGCCUGAUAACCCACCAAAGAAUUUGGGCCACCGUCGGGCCCAUUCUGAGAUCCUCACUCUCCCUGAUGAUAUUAGCUUUGAUAGUGAUCUUGGUGUCGUGGGUGGUGGUGCUGAUGGGCCAACUUUUUCUGAUGAAACUGAGGAAGAUUUGUUGUCAAUGUACCUUGAUAUGGAUAAGUUCAAUUCGUCCUCGGCCACAUCUACUUUUCAAGUUGGGGAGUCUUUGGCUCCAGCAAUGGCAGCACAAGCAAUGGCACCACUGCCUGCAGCAGUGAGUUUGGGUGCUGGUCCAAGUGAAAGGCCUAGAGUUAGGCAUCAACAUAGCCAGUCAAUGGAUGGGUCAACAACAAUCAAGCCGGAGAUGCUCAUGUCAGGUUCUGAAGAGGCCUCUCCUGCAGAUUCUAAGAAAGCUGUAUCUGCUGCGAAGCUAGCUGAACUUGCACUUAUAGAUCCCAAGCGUGCAAAAAGGAUUUGGGCCAACAGGCAAUCUGCUGCAAGGUCCAAGGAGAGGAAGAUGCGUUACAUAGCUGAACUUGAAAGGAAAGUGCAGACACUCCAAACAGAAGCGACGUCGUUGUCUGCUCAAUUGACUCUUCUUCAGAGGGAUACAAAUGGCCUGACCUCUGAAAAUAGUGAACUGAAGCUGCGUUUGCAAACGAUGGAGCAGCAGGUCCACUUGCAAGAUGCCUUGAAUGACGCGCUGAAAGAAGAAAUUCAGCAUCUGAAGGUACUGACUGGUCAAACACCAAAUGGUGGACCCAUGAUGAACUAUGCAUCUUUUGGAGGAGGCCAGCAAUUAUAUCCCAAUAAUCAAGCAAUGCAUACUUUCUUAGCUGCACAACAGUUUCAACAGCUCCAAAUUCAUUCCCAGAAGCAGCAGCAGCAGCAGCAGCAGCAGCAACAGCAACAGUUCCAGCUACAUCAGCUUCAGCAGCAACAACUUCAACAGCAGCAGGAGCAACAGCAGCAGCAACAAGGUGGGGAUUUGAAAAUGAGAGGAUCAUUGACUUCUUCAAGCCAGAAAGAUAAUGGAUCUGAGGCUAAUUCCUCUUCAUCGAAGGAUUGAAAAAGAGAAGGCAGCUACUUAAUGGUCUCUACUGUUGUUUACAUCCUAGUUGCAAUCUGUUGUCACAUAGGAUAUUUUCCCUUCCUUUUAUCUCCAGUCCUUCUAAUAUACAUUACCUUACAUUUCUACCUUACAUUUCUUUUAGGCAGCUCUAUAUUCUAGUUUGCUUAAAGUAUUUAAUAUGGUAUAGUCUAUGUAGAACCUUUAUUACAAUCAUGGGCCUUUGUUGGCGAUUUGUUGAUUCGAAAUUCAUAGGUUUGUCCUCA